AUGUCACGUGAGCGCAAAAAUCAUUUUUUGAUGCUUGCGCAUAGUCACACAAACCUCGAUCAUGUUUUCUCACUUGACGACUGGACUUCCGAGUCUCAUCCGAUCAACUCCCCAUACUCACUGACCACAUCUCCUGAACUGGCUCCGCCCAUCGAGUGCACUCAACUUUUGCCGUUCACCAAGUAUACUGCGCCCACAGAGCAUUUUUUAUUUACUGGAUUUCCACCAGAUAACUCUGCUAUACUCUCAUUACCACCAUCGGGACAUGAAAACUCUGAGUUUGAAAUACCAGCAGUGUCGUCAUCUGAUUCUUCUCAAUCUGAGUUUGUCGAUCCUGCGUCGAUCGCUUCAUCUUCGGAACUUUUAUUUUCAGAUCCAAAUGAAUCCUCAGCAUCAGCAUCAUCAGAAAGUACCGAGUUUGAUCUCUCUCUACUCACACCGUUAGAGUUCUCGCAGUCCACAUCAUUAUCUGAACUUGUCACAUUCACAUCUCCAUUUUCACAUUAUGAAUUUGGGCAUACAGAAUUCGACUUCCAAUAA